GGUUGGCCAGGUGGGUGGAGCUAGGUGUGAGGAGGCGGUGCAACCGGAGGAAGAGAUUUGGGCCUUUCUCAAGUGACCCAGAGACGUCAACGUAGAUAACCUGACCGCUGUAGUAUUCGAGUAGCAACAUAGCAGCGGGGAAGAUCCUGGAAGUCCGCUCAGCUGCAGAAAUACGCCACAAGGCGAAAGAAGAAAUCGGAAGUGACGUCGCAGGCAAAACAAGCCCAAUUUGGGAGGCCUGUAGUGAACCCGUGGCUGCAGAUGGAAAGGCCCGACUCGCCCUCUUCUGUCGAAGGUGGUUGCGAGGCCCUGCUAUCCCACCCGGUGGUCCUCCCGCCCCUGCCCUUGGGACCGGCCCACCACGGGUGAGCGACAGUUUCCGCCUCCCGGUACUAGAGCCGCGUUGGGACUUCUCGGGCGGAGCUGGCCGGUGGCGACGGCGCGAACGUCCUUCCCUGCAGCAGUCUCCCCUCCGGCAGACUCCUGUCUUAGACGCCGGGACACUUGUCGCCUGUGAGGCAUCAUUUAUUUCAUAGCACCAUCCUCUCCUUGCAGGACAAUUCCAGGAUUAGAAAUGUUUAAAGAAAUAUACAAAUUCCAAGAAUACUCUGAAUACAGCUCUUAUAAAACAAAGAGGAAACCAUGAAGAAAUUUUUUAGUUAUUGAAACUAUAGUUGAAAUCAUGGCUACAUCAGCAAAUCUGAAUAUUGGAGCCCAGCUGAUUGUGGAAGAGUGUCCCAGCAAUUAUAGUCUAACUGGCAUGCCAGAUAUUAAAAUAGAAUGUCCGCUGGACUCAAAUUCAGAAGAAGGAUCGGCUCAGGGUGUUACCAUGGGAAUGAAAUUCAUAUUGCCUAACCGUUUCGAUAUGAACGUGUGUUCUCGUUUCGUGAAGUCCUUAAAUGAAGAGGAUAGUAAAAAUAUCCAAGAUCAAGUUAACUCUGACCUGGAGGUGGCAUCUGUCUUAUUUAAAGCUGAAUGCAAUAUCCAUACAUCGCCUUCUCCAGGAAUUCAAGUAAGACAUGUCUACACUCCCUCAACAACAAAGCAUUUCUCACCCAUAAAACAGUCAACUACUUUAACCAACAAGCACAGAGGAAAUGAGGUCUCUACCACACCUCUAUUAGCAAAUUCCUUGUCUAUUCACCAAUUGGCUGCUCAAGGGGAGAUGCUCUAUCUGGCUACUCGUAUUGAACAAGAAAAUGUUAUCAAUCACACGGAUGAAGAAGGGUUUACUCCUCUGAUGUGGGCUGCAGCACAUGGGCAGAUAGCUGUGGUAGAGUUUCUACUUCAGAAUGGUGCUGAUCCUCAACUUUUAGGAAAAGGUCGAGAAAGUGCGCUGUCAUUGGCCUGUAGUAAAGGCUACACAGAUAUUGUCAAAAUGCUGCUUGAUUGUGGAGUUGAUGUAAAUGAAUAUGAUUGGAAUGGGGGGACACCUUUGCUUUAUGCUGUACAUGGAAAUCAUGUGAAAUGUGUAAAAAUGCUCUUAGAAAAUGGAGCUGAUCCAACAAUUGAAACUGACUCUGGAUAUAAUUCUAUGGAUUUAGCUGUAGCCUUGGGCUAUAGAAGUGUUCAACAGGUUAUUGAGUCGCAUUUAUUGAAGCUGCUUCAAAAUAUUAAGGAGUAGAAAAAGUUGUCAGAAAAUGUUGUCUGCUCUUCUGUUUACUUUUUAGCCCUGAUAAAUGAUAGUGUUGUUUACUUAUAAAGUUUUUUACCUCAGUUGCAAUAUUUACUGAUUUUUAGUAAGUUUUAAUAAAUAUUCCUCCGAGUAAUUCACUGGUUUAUAGUAAAAUUAAUGUUGAUGCUUUUAUAAAUAAAUGUGUUUUAUUUCAUAUUUAAAAUUAUAAAUUAAUGUAUUGUGGCAUGUAAAUUUUUAUGGUACAGAUAGUUAUCUUUGUAUCAAGUGCUAUAAUUUGACAUUUUCAGAAAUUAUUCUAUUCUUCAUCAUCAAUCUUAUAUUAACUCAUUGACUUUAUAUAAGGUUUGCUAUAAAUCCAUAGAAAACAAAUUUUAUUGUUGAAUUUAAAAAUGCACUGUGUGAUUGUUUACAAAAUGUCAUAAUAAAUAAAUAAAGUACUUUUUCUUUUGAAUGCUGCUUUUUUAAAAUUACGUAAGAUCAUUAGGGAUUUUUUUGGGAUUUUAGUUUAACCCUUCCGUCCUGCCAGGACAUUUCAUUAGCUCAAACAAUAUAAUUAAGACAGACUAAAUGUAAGUCAAUUGUGCCAGUUUGUAUAUAUUAUAUCCCCCAGAAAAAGCCAUAUUCUUUGAUGCAGUCUUGUGGAGGCAGAUGUAUCAGUGUUGAUUAAGUUGGAAUCUUUGGAUUAGGUUGUUUCCAUGGAGAGGUGACCUACCCAACUGUAGGUGAUAACUCUGAUUAGAUAAUUUCCACGGAGAUGUGGCCCCGUCCAUUCAAUGCGGGCUUUUAUUAGUCUACUAGAGCCCUACAUAAGAGCUCAGACAGAAGGAGCUUGCUGCUGCAACUUACAGAGACAUUUUGAAGACGGCCAUUGAAAGCAGAGUUUUGCUGAUGCUUUGGAGGUAGUAGCCCAGAGUUUGCCCCAAGAAGCUGA